UUGAGCUGGCAGUUAUAAUCUGGCUGCAGGAGCUCAGGGCCAGAGUCCCCUGUCAGGCUUUGCUGCAGUGGGUGUCGUGCGGACAGAAUGCUGGCCCGGGGGCUUCCUUUGCGCUCAGUCUUGGUCAAAGGCUGCCAGCCCCUCUUGAGUGCCCCACAGGAGGGCCCAUGGCAUCUCAGGAUGCCCACUAGAGAGGGAGCCCGCAUUUCCACUCGAGUCCCUCGCCCUUUCAGUGAGAUACCCUCUCCUGGUGACAACGGCUGGCUAAAUCUGUACCGUUUCUGGAGAGAGAAGGGUUCACAGAAUUUCCACUACCACCAAUUCCAGAACUUCCAGAAAUACGGCCCUAUUUACAGGGAGAAGCUUGGCACCAUGGAGUCGGUUUUUAUCGUUGACCCUGAGGACAUAGCCAUUCUUUUUAAGUAUGAGGGUUCCACACCAGAACGAUAUUUCAUCCCGCCCUGGGUUGCCUAUCACCAGCAUUACCAGAGACCCAUCGGAGUCUUAUUCAAGAAGUCAGGAGCCUGGAAAAAAGACCGGCUGGCCCUAAACCCGGAGGUGAUGGCUCCAGAAGCCAUGAAGAACUUCGUCUCCCUGCUGGACCCAGUGUCCCGGGACUUCGUCAGCAUCCUGCACAGGCGCAUCGAGCAGCAGGGCUCUGGAAAGUUCUCAGGGGACUUCAGUAAUGACUUGUUUCGCUUUGCCUUUGAGUCUAUCACCAAUGUCAUAUUUGGAGAGCGUUUAGGGAUACUGGAGGAGAUAGUGGACCCUGAGUCCCAGCAGUUCAUUGACGCCAUUUACCAGAUGUUCCACACCAGCGUCCCCAUGCUCAUGCUCCCCCCAGACCUGUUCCGUCUGUUCAGGACCAAGACGUGGCGGGAUCAUGCGGCCGCAUGGGACGUGAUUUUCAGUAGAGCUGAAAAAUAUAUCCAGAACUUCUCUUUGGACCUCAGAAAGAAAAAAGACUUCAACGACAAUUACCCGGGCAUCCUCUACCGCCUCCUGGAAAACAACAAGCUGCUCUUCGAGGACAUCAAGGCCAAUGUUACGGAGUUGUUGGCUGGGGGUGUGGACACGACAUCCAUGACAUUGCAGUGGCACUUGUACGAGAUGGCACGCAGCCUGACGGUGCAGGAGAUGCUGCGGGAGGAGGUUCUGGCUGCCCGGCGCCAGGCCGGGGAAGACAUGAACAGGAUGCUGCAGUUGGUCCCACUCCUAAAAGCUAGCAUCAAGGAGACACUGAGACUCCACCCCAUCUCCGUGACCCUGCAGAGAUACCUAGUAAAUGACUUGGUUCUACAAGAUUAUAUGAUUCCCGCCAAGACAUUGGUACAGGUGUCUACUUAUACCUUGGGCCGAGACCCCAACUUCUUCCUCAAUCCCAGCAAAUUUGACCCCACUCGAUGGCUGGGUAAAAACAAAGAUCUCACCCACUUCCGCCACCUGGCCUUCGGCUGGGGAAUUCGGCAGUGCGUGGGCCGGAGGAUCGCAGAAGUUGAGAUGACCCUCUUCCUCAUCCAUAUUCUGGAGAAUUUCAGAGUUGAAAUCCAACAUCUCAAUGACGUGGGCACAAUGUUCAACCUCAUCCUGAUGCCUGACCAGCCCAUUUUCUUCACCUUCCGACCUUUUACCCAGGACCCACCCCCAGCAUGAUCAGAGAAGGUGGUGUGGGAGGGAGGCCCGAGGGGUGGGGCCCAUGCAAGUGUCUGCAUCCUUAUUCCUCAGUAACCCCCUGCCCCUGCUCCCUUCUGACCCAGCUCAGCUGAGGCACUACUCUUUCACCCACCUCUUGCCUCUCUUCACCCACCCAUGAAGGCAAUAAAGAGCUGAACUAUG